CUCUUGGCUCUUGGCUUUAUUCUUUACUUAAUUCACAAGACCCUCUUUGAUGAACAAGCUUUUCUACAUCCACUUCACAGCUUCAUUCAAUGGCCUUCUUCAAGACUAAAAUGCCUGCACUUGACACUUCACCCGUGUCCUCGCCCGUUCUCUACCCAUCAGUCACGUCUGACUUUGAAGCUGCAAACCUCAAGUAUGCAGCGAAGUUUACUCAGUCCCACUUACCAUCUCCGCCCCGUCGAAAGGUAGCGGUGGUAGCGUGCAUGGACAGCAGAUUGGACGUUGAGAAAGUACUGGGUCUAGACCUUGGCGAUGCCCAUGUCAUUCGAAAUGCUGGCGGUCGUGCUGUAGAAGCACUUCGGUCAAUUUUGAUUUCUCAGCAGAUGCUGGGCACGCGUGAGAUUAUUGUCAUGCACCAUACCGGCUGCGGUAUGCAGAGCUUCUCCGACACAGAUUUCCGGUCCAAGAUCAGACGAGAACUAAAGGAAGACGUUGACCACAUGGCGUUUCUCCCGUUUUCUGAUUUGCGGCAGAGUGUUAUUGAUGACGUUGCCUUCUUGCGCAAGAGUCCGUUGAUUUUGGACGUUCCUAUUACUGGAUAUGUUUAUGAUGUCAAGACGGGUCGGAUUGAGCAGGUUGACGAGAGGGCUGACUCUGAGUGCUCUAGCCCUUAGAAUUUUAUUUGAUAUGUAUUUUUGGCGCUGUGGAUAUCUGUUUGGCGGCGGAAAAGGAUAGCGAGCGAGCGGCUGGAAUUACUUGGUAUAAACGCAUAGCAUUUGGAUAGCAUUCGGAAUUUUCAUCUUACUACACUCCGAGCCCAAACAUAGGUGAAAUCUCUGUAGAACCGGUCCAAUCAGCAACAUUAUAGAAGAUACCGAUCUUGCUGGUGAUCUUAUGCAAGCAUGCAUCCGGAGAUUCCGGGUGGAGUCUGACAGGUCAGACCGUCAGAGAUCCGGCAUCGUUAGCCGCCAG